AUGUCCGCCACGCAACCUCUCCCCGUUCUGAUCACUGGGGCUGGCCCCUCUGGCCUUGUAUUAGCGCUGUCCCUGGUUCAGCAUGGCAUCCAGGUCCGCAUAAUCGACAGGGACCAGCAAUUCCACAUUGGACAACGCGGCGCUGGAAUACAGCCCAGGACUUUGGAGGCGUAUAACAUCUUGGGUGUCUUGCCCGAUAUUGUUUCCAGAGGCAGGGAUUUGCGUCCGAUGCGAUUCUACAAGCUUCCCGGAGGUGUCGAGCCGUCUAAAACGUUCGACAUGAUGCCCAUAGAGGAACCCACGCCAAGCACUCCAUAUAUGAACUCAUGGAUGCUCGGGCAAGCGAAGGCGGAGCAAGUGCUGCGCGAACAUCUGGCUACGUAUGGAUGUCACGUUGAACGCGGCACGGAGCUGUGCAGCUUCGAACAGGAUACUGAACAUGUGGUGGCCCAUCUCAUCAAGCGCGAUGGUGAUGAAGAGAUCGCUGAAACCGUAGUCUGCCGCUGGCUUGUCGGGACCGACGGGGCGAAAGGCAUCGUGCGGAAGCACCUCGGUCUCACAUUUCUCGGGGAAGCAAUUGCGGGAAAGAUUGUCUUUGGUGAGAUCGUAGUCAAGGACCUGACCCGCGAUUAUUGGCAUUGUUGGGGCGACUUUGGUUCUCAGAUGGCAAUCUUGCGUCCCACGGAAGAUGAUGAGAUCUACAACUUCAUUGUUUCGGGAAACAUCGACUUGGAGAAGAUCUACGAGGAUUAUGACACACUGGUUCAGACAUUGAAAGAGAUAUCCGACAGGCAGGAUCUCAUUUUCGGCGAGAUCAAGUUUAAAUCCAAUUACAGCCCAAAUGUUCGCAUGGUGGAAAAAUUCUCCGAAGGCCGGGUCUUUGUGGCAGGAGGAUGCUGUACGUUCCCAGUCCACGAAAAGCAUUAUCACGAACUGAUCAGGAUCGAUGGACAGCUCAACCUCGGUUGGAAGCUCGCCCUUGUCGAGCUGGGCUUUGCUUCCCAAUCUCUCCUUUCUACAUACACAGAGGAACGCCUUCCCGUCAUCUCACACAUGCUCAAAGAAACGACGACGUUGCUUCACGCGACGAGAAGUGCAAAGGUGGACGGCGAUGUUUCCCAAGGAUGGACGCGGAGUCAUGAUUUGAAGAUGCUCGGUGUUAACUACCGCUGGAGCUCUAUCCUGCUCGAUGAGCGUCACCUCCAACAGACGUCCGGGAAGGAGAAGCCACUUAUAGAUGCAUACGGAACGAAUACGAGCGAUGGGCUGCAUGCCGGUGACCGAGCCCCGGACGCCCCAGGUCUCGCCGUAGUCGAGACGGGCAAUGUCGGGGCCGAGACGACGUCGUUGUUCCGCAUUUUCAGCUCCACACGCCACACCGUCCUCAUUUUCUCCUCAGACAGCGAUCAGAUUACAGCCGUACUCGGAUUGGCGAAGAAACUCCCGCCUCGCUUUGUCCGCACGGUUGUCGUUCUCCCACGGGACUCAGCUCCUUUGCCAGCGGCAUCUGGUGCGGAUGUUGUAUGCACCGACCAAGACGGGCAUGGGCAUACGGGGUACAGUGACGGGACGGAAAAGGCCACUGUAGCUGUUGUGAGGCCAGAUGGCGUCGUUGGCGCUCUUGUCGCCGGAGCGACAGGUCUGGAAGCCUACUUCAAGAACGUGUUCUCGAAUGUGAAGGCUUGA